AUGGAUCCGUUUGUCUCUUCUCUGUCUCCGUCUGUCUCCUCUCUGUCUCUUUCUGUCUCCUUUGCUGCUUCCUCUCCCCCCCCACAAACCCACCCAGCUGCCCCUAAAGAUGCAGCAGCACCAGCAGCAGCAGCAGCAGCAGCAGCAGGAACGCCUGCUGCUGCUGCAGCAGCAGCAGCAGGAAGGACCCCUGAUAACAUCCUGCUGCAGCAGCAGAAGAAGCCCAAAGGGGGAGACCCGCAAAUGGUUGGGGUGUACAUACACCGCAGCGACAGCAGCAGCAGCAGCAGCAGCAACAGCAGCAGCAGCAACCGCAACAGCAACAGCAGCAGCAGCAGCAGCAGCGGUAUAGACGGGGUCUUUACUGCUGCACAGCAGCAGCACCAUCAGCAGCAUCAGCAGCACUAUCAGCAGUAUCAGCAGCAACAGCAGCAACAGCAGCAGGAACAGCAACAGCAGGAAACUCAACAGAGAGAUCAACAGAACCAUGGCAGCAGCAACCCCGCCCCUCAUCCUCAUCAUCAUCCUCAUCAUCAUCAUCAGCAGCAGCAGCAGGAGCAGCAGCAGCAGCAGCAGCAGCAGCAGCAAGAGAAAAGAAAUAUAGCGUUUGUUGGAAACUCAACAGAGAGAUCAACAGAACCAUGGCAGCAGCAACCCCGCCCCUCAUCCUCAUCAUCAUCAUCAGCAGCAGCAGCAGCAGCAGGAGCAGCAGCAGCAGCAGCAGCAGCAGCAGCAGCAGCAAGAGAAAAGAAAUAUAGCGUUUGUCGUUUUCGUUUUAAUCGAUGGUUUUAUUUAUUUAUUUUUUGUGUGCAUGCAGUGCUUGUGGGGCCCCACUACCUAAACUGGGCCCCCCUGCGGCAGUGCCUGCUGUAUUGGGGUGUAUAUGAGUGGCUGUGUGAGGAUGAGCUGCUGCUGCAGCAGCAGCAGCAGCAGCAGCAGCAGCAGCAGCAGCAGGUGGUGGUGCUGCAGCAGCAGCAGGAGUUGGAGCAGCAGCAGCAGCAGCAGAUGAUGCUGCUGCAGCAGCAGCAACAGGAAAUCAGCAACACAGAUAGUGCCAAUCACUCUUGGGCUGAUCCUGCUGCUGCUGCUGCUGCUGCUGCUGCUGCUGCUGCUGCUGCUGCUGAUCCUCUCUUUCUACCUCCCCCUGUUGCUGCAGCAGCAGCACGAGGAGAAGGUUCAAUGAGCGCUCGCUGCAAGGCUCAGGAUAUAGCAAUAGGGCGUCUAUUUUCAGUAGCAGCAGCAGCAGAUUUCGGUGUUUCUUUUUUUGGUGGUUUGCUGCUGGACCUGCUAGGGCCUAAAGCUGCUAGCAGCACGGGGAGUAUAUUUAUGUUUAACAGCAGCAGCAGCAGCAGCAGCAGCAGCAGCAGCAGCAAGCAGCAAGAGCUGCAGCAGCAAGAGCAAGAGCAAGAGUUGCUGCAGAUGGAGAUGCACAAAAAAAAAAAGUAA